UUGCACCAACACACACAAACAACAACGAUCGCUUAAUUGCAGCCAACUUACGGGAGUAGAAAACUAGCGGUGUAAUUUUAAAGUGUAUCGGACCCACCGCUGUUUAUAAGCCACCGUUGCCGUAGAGACGGAGCACGCGGAUGCAGCCGGGUCGAAGCCACGGCGAUGGACGAUGAGAAGCUGGACUGGGCGAGCCUGGAGAGGGAGUUGCAGGCAGCCGUGGCUGCCGAUGCCAAAUACCAGCGUGAGAAUGAAGCCAAGCUGCGAGCCAUCACGCAGAGAGUGGGCUCUUACGAGGAGUUCAGGGACAUUGUGUUGGCAUCGCACCUGAGGCCCUUGGAGACGUGCGACAAAGUGCGACUGGGCGGGGACGUUCACGCACAGCGCUGGAACGCGUUCGCGACCACCAAGGAGGAGGGGAGUGAUGAGUCGCAACAUGAAACGCCACAGCCGUCGAAGGAGCUGCCGUGUACGGCGCUCGAGUUCAACCGCGACUGGCGCCGCCGCUCGUCCCCGGACCGCUAUGCGCUGCUGUUGCACGUUGGCGCGCGGCGUUGCCGUGACCUCUUCCGCGCCGAGGUUGGCUUUGGGCUGCUGGGCGAGGCGGCCGUCGCGCUGGCCGAGUGCUUCCGUGACGAGGACGCCCCCGUCGUGGCCGAGCUGCUCGGAGCCCUCGCCCAGACCCCGCGGUUCAAACUCAACGUGCGCCUCCUUGGCGGCGCGGAGUUGGAGGCCGUCCGGAGCCUCUGCCGGCGCUUGGGGUCGGCGUGCGAGUGCCGGGCCACGGAGCGAUCCGUGCCCGGCGAGGAAACGGCGCCCGGGAGCGGCCCGAGAAACAACGACGGUGCUGGCCGACGGGAGGCGGAGAGCAGAGGCGUUGAGAAAGAGUUGGCGUCAGUAGAAGGGUGGCAGGCAGUGGGCGGGGGAGCCCGGGAGCUCACCGCAAAGUCGAUGAACCAUGAAGACUGCCUCACCUUCGAGAGCGUUGAGGCUCUGAGAAAAGCCUUUGGAAUUGAGUGAGCAUGCCAAGGAUACAAUGGGGCUUUUAAAGUUGAGAAUUAAGGCACCCAAUGGAAACGUUUGUUCUCCACCUACAGCUGGUCAUCCACAUUUCAACACGAGCCAUUAAAUAACUGGAGUUUAAAAAGAGGCAUCUGCUGUCUCAUUAAUCAGUUUUUUUCCGUUUUAUUUAAUAGUUGAUAACCAGUCCCCCUGUAACGUUUUGAUAUACCACUUUUAAAUUAACUACAAGCAUAUAAAUGCUGCAUGCAUUGGUCUGUAAUGACAGCAAAAUAUAUUAAUUGAAUUGUCUCUUUGUAGUUAAUGUGCCUUACAAACCAGCCCUGUAGCGCCGUGUCUUCAAGAGUUCUGUGUUGUGGUCAAGUAUAAUUGGGGUUUUUUGUUUGAGUAAUAAAGCCAUUUUAUCUCCACUUGCCAUUGUUAUAUUUGACGUAACCAUCUUUAGCGUGUUAAAUAUUUUAUCAUACAGAGCUCUGUUUAAUCUUAAUGAAUGUAGACAUUCAUGCGAAGCUGCACACGGUCGCAGAUGGUACGAUGAAUAAUUGAACAUUCCUGAGAACCAAAAUUAUGAUCCUUAGAGCAUGGAUAAAUUGGCUCAGGAACAAAGCAGGCCAACAAGUACUUUAUUAGAAAGCUUCAUUGAUUUGUUUUACUUCCUGCAUUAAUAAAGUGGUACAAAAUCUCACUGCACUGACAAAGUUAUGCCACUUAGCUAUCACAACCGGUUUAUAUCCAAUAGUUGAAAUAUUUGCAUGGAUAAGAGCACCCAUACACAAAUCUGAAUCCAUGAUAUUUUCAUCAGUCAGGCUCAACAAUCUUGCAACUUUCCCAUGAACCUCAAAGGCUUCUGGACAUAUCUUUGGGCUUCUAUUUUAUUGAAGACAUCUGCCUUGUUUACCAUUUGACCUAUACAACCUUUCAAACGGCAUGGGAGGUUUUAAGAAGUGUUGGCUCAAGGGAGCCCCCAUAGGCCGCCACUCGUUGCUAUGAGCAAAAUAUAAAGUGAGUCCAUUUGUCCAAAGAUACUUCACAUUCUUAUGAAAACUACAAAACCUAUAAACCGAUCACUCCGAAACUUACCACACAGCUCGCCAAACCAUUACUGAGCCCUGUGUAGUUUUUAAGCAAUAAAAUACGUUUUUUUUAAAGAGCACGUGCUUACAAUGUUUAUGCUAUGGGUCAGCUCGUUGACUAGUGCUGUAAGUUUGCACAGUUGCCAUGUUUGUGUGUUUUCUUGUUUUCGUGUACACAGCCUUAGCACGGCCGGCUGAAUCCUGUAACAAAAAAAAAGUUUAAGCUCUGUUCAUGUACUGGUUAGCCAGCUUGUUAGCCCCUUUUGUAUACGCAAAUCGCACAACCUUUAUAAUUGCACCGCUCAACACAACCGGGCAUUAUAGGUGUGGUGUCAAAAAAACACCGCACAGCUCACACAAGCGCGUCUUUGCCUAAAUCACCUGGAAUGCGCCCCGGUCUCAUCAGAGUCUCGGAAGCUGGCAGGGUCCGGCCUUGAUCGCUCUCGGAUGAGCGACCACCACAUUCACUCCCCUGAACUGACCAGCACGGCGAAGAAUGGCCAAACAAACCUCCACGGCGUGGAAGGCCUUCAUCCAGCAGUAGCUUGAUAAUGUGCAGGUUUGCUACGUAACCAACACAGAUGCAGCAACCAACAAAAGCAAUGA